GAACUUGAUGGUGCAUGUGGGUCCCUUCCAACUCAGAAUAUUCUAUGAUUUUGUAAUACUAUUAUGGAAAGAUGACCAGGCUAGCCUGAAACUUCCAGCUUAAUGUAAAUGUCCUCACUCUUUAAGCUCACUACCAGUUUCCUAUCAGUUACAUGAUUUUGGUUGUUUUAAGCUAAUCCAAAGAAGUAUUGAGUAUUGGAAGGCUCAGUUAAGCUUAACAGUGGAACAGGUGAAUUGCAUCUGAAGUAAUACAUGGGACAUUUGCCCCAUAAUUUGCCCCAUGAUUUUCUGUAAUACUGAUUUCUGUCCAUCUUCAAGGCACUCUUCUACAGUUAAUGAAACGUAAUUGCCUUGAUAAGGAUGUCCUAAUUAGUGCUUUUAAAACAGUUAUUUCAUCAGAAGUUUAUUACUGUUUUGUGUAAUGAUUUCAGAUUUUCUCUCUGUCUUGUAUCAAGUUGUUAGUUCAUCACUUUUGUAAGAACUAAAAUAGUGUACCAGGGACUUGUGGUUUUGCAGGUUGUUGGUUAUCUGUGCCUGUCUAAUGAACUUUCAUGGCUACCCUUAGUUUUUGAUGGAAAGUUGCCUUUUAAGACAGUAUCUUGGUAUAGUCUAAUGAUAUUUUUAAAAUGUUUUAAAGAACUUGUUCACAAUUUUGACACUUUAGCCUACAGUAAUGAUUUAAACACUUUCUUUGAGUAUAUACAUAUAGCAUUUUAUUGGAGUUUUGGACCUCUCAGAUACAUGGACUACCCUUAAGGAAAUGUGUGUACAAACAUGUGUAUAUGUUUAUGCAUAUUAAAAAAUGUGGAAGAUGAAGUCUGUUGUCAGGAGGUUUAUUUUUUCUUAUACUGUUGCCUGCACCUCUGGGAGGUAUUUGAGGAGAGUGGGGGAAGGAUUCACUGUUGGUUUUGUCUUUGAGAGCGGCUGCCAGCAGGAUUCCUAGAAUGCAUUUUCUACAUUAAAUAAGCUAAAAAUUUGGAAGCUGCUUGUACUCUUAAAAUGGAUUUAGAUAUUUGCUUUGGCAGUGGAGACCAUUUGCAGGAGCUGUUCCUACACACCUCCUCUAAUCAAAUCCAUUUCCCCUUACUGCAGUUUUAAUUGUUCAGGCCACAGAUUUUUUGACCUCUCAGUUGUUAGACAGAGCUGUUAGUGGGCCAGGUUAUUUUUAACGUGCCCUAGUUCAUGUCAGAGUCCCGUGCAAAGUUGUGCUAGCACAACUGAGGAAGCAGUGAAGGAGCAGGGUGGGAACUCAUUAAGCUGGCCUUCUUCCCAGGAAAAAAAAGUCAGUGAAAGCUUGGCUUCAAAUUAUAGUAUUAAAAUUUAAAAAAAAAUUAGGUUAGAAGAUGCGAAAUUAAUCUUGAUACUUGCCUUUUAAAAGCUGCCCUGCAUUUUGAUUCACCUUUGAGAAUACCUUAAUGUGUACCUCCUGAUUCAUAAAAUGAAAUGUGAGGUGUCACCAGUUGGUGUCACUUUGUAAAAGUCCAUGCCUAUUUUAUCAAAUUACUCUUAACUAUAUUUAAGAAAAAAUUCAGCUGCAUUAUAGUGUAGAUGAGGUUAUCACGUGUCUUGCUAGAAUUCUGCUAACAUACAGAUUGUUUGUGCCUAUUUUGUGUUUUAAUAUAAAUUACAGUAUUGUCUGAGCACAUGUUGUAAUUUAUUAGUUUCUUUCCCUGGAGGUCAAAUAAAACUACAUUUUAAAAAUAAAAACACAGCUCAUUUAUGUUGUCAGUUCCAUAAAAGAAGUCCCUGAAGUAGUCCUUCCUUUUGUGUUGAAGUCUAUUAAAAUUUGUGUUAUUAAAAAAAGAGGUGUUCUAAAGAGUGUCUUUCUACAGAGAAGAAAAAAUUAGAGAGUUAGGCUUGAUUCUCUUUGCCAGACCUGGCACAUGGCCCGUGACGUCUCCGUCAAGUGGAAAUUCGCUUCAUAAUCUUCCCUUUUUCCCAGUACAGGAGUCUACUUUAGUGUCCUGUUCUCAUCUUUCCCAGCACCAUGGCUAACUCCAAAAAGCUGAUGGAGGAAGGAAAGGAGCACAGCUUUGCUACUUUAUUUCAUUGCAAGCCUUAACAUGUCCCAACACCAGCAGCCCCGUUCUCAUACAGAGGAUGUUUCUGCUCCCUCGUGAUGAGCUAUUACAGACUAAUUAUUUCCACAGUCCAUCACCAAAUCUACCAGCUCAUUACUCCUGUCCUGAAAUUGUCUUCUCUCAGAUAUUAGGCAGUUUUCUCAUUGUAUCUGUGCUGAAGACUUACAUUUUCAAACUGUUGAUGGAUAAUGAGGGGUAUUCUUACUUUUGUAUAAGUAUACUUUCAAACAAGAAACUUGUCCAAAUGUUUAGUAUAUAUGUUGCUCUUGAAAUAUUUUUAGAAAGGAGAAAAUAAGGGGAAAUUGUACAGAAAAUGUGUUGAAUAAACACCCUCUUCAUCUUGCAAGUUCCAAGAUGGCAGAAUUAUUUAUGGAAUGUGAAGAAGAGGAGCUGGAACCAUGGCAAAAGACAGUGACAGAAGUGGAGGAGGAUGACGAUGAUGAUGAUGACGAUGACGAUGAGCCAAUCUUUGUUGGGGAAAUCACAAGCUCAAAGGCAGCUACUACAUGUCCAGGCACUACAUUCAAGACUGAGAGUCACCAUUAUGUGACCGCUGCCUCCAGCCCCGGUGCCGUGCCCGUUCCAUCAGUCUUCCAGGCUGCACCCAGACCUUUGAGCAGCUCGGGAGCAGUGCAGCCACUGUCUGUACAAGUGAAUGUUUCAGGAACUUCACAAACACUGCAGAGACCAGUCGCUGGAUGUUUAUCAGCACAGCAGCUGCCUGGGUCAAGUUCUGGAAUAACACAGCCUGUAACCAUUCCAGUGACAACACAGCCAGCAUCAAGGAAUAUCACAGUUCCCGCAGUGGCUCAGCCUGUGUCCAGGCCAGAGACUGGAACAGCACAGCCUGUGAUGCUCAAUCAGGAUUAUAUUAUGGACUCUCCACCAGAUGCACCAGAUAAUACAUCUGAUAUACUGUUUGGUGUGAGACAGAACUCGGGAAUUCCACAGUACCAGCCUGGGCCAGCAGUGAAUGUAACAGGGACAAAUGCUGCAUCGAGCACCAUUAAAAAUGGAGGACCUUUUCCACGAGCUUGUCCAAAGUGUAAUAUUCAUUUCAAUCUUAUGGAUCCCCUAAAAAAUCAUAUGAAGUAUUGUUGUCCAGAUUUGGUAAAUAACUUUUUCCCAGCAACGAUCAAAACAGAAUGUUUGAGCACAACAAGUAAGAUUGCUGAAUCUGAGAAAGGAAAAUUGAUUAUGUUAGUUAAUGACUUUUAUUAUGGGAAGGAUGAAGGUGACACCCAGCAGGUGCAACAGGAGCAGAAGACUCAUACGACAUUUAAGUGCAUCAGUUGUCUCAAAGUUCUUAAAAAUAACAUAAGGUUUAUGAACCACAUGAAACAUCACUUGGAGCUGGAGAAGCAGAGCAAUGAGAGUUGGGAAAGCCACACCACGUGCCAGCACUGCUACCGGCAGUUCCCCACCCCGUUCCAGCUGCAGUGCCACAUCGAGAGCACACACACGCCUUACGAGUCAUCCACCAUUUGUAAAAUCUGUGAACUAUCCUUUGAAACAGAGCAAGUUCUUUUGCAACAUAUGAAGGAUAAUCACAAGCCAGGUGAAAUGCCAUAUGUUUGCCAGGUGUGCAGCUACAGAUCCUCAGCUUUUUCAGAUGUAGAAAGUCAUUUUAGAACAGUUCAUGAAAACACAAAACAUUUGCUAUGCCCAUUUUGCCUCAAAGUAAUUAAAAUAGGAGCACCAUAUAUGCAUCAUUACAUGAGGCAUCAGAAAAAGGGAGUGUACCGCUGCACGAAGUGCAGGCUGCAGUUCUUAACGUGCAAAGAGAAAAUGGAUCACAAGACUCAGCAUCACCGAACGUUCAGGAAACCCAAACAGUUAGAAGGCUUGCCUCCUGGGACAAAGGUGACUAUUCGAGCAUCUCUAGGAUCUCAUCAGUCAGGAUCAUCAGCUACAUCUUCUAUUAGUACAAGCAGUUCUACCUUUCAGUUAUCACCUAAAUCUAAAACCACAACCACUAAAAAUCAUAACAAAUCUAAUACAAAUAAAUCAAAAGGAAAAUCAAAACAAACUACAUCAAAGAAACAAAAUGCAUGGACCAACAGCAAAAAAAAAAAGGAAGUUACAAAUAUAACAUUUCAUCAUCUAAGGUGUCAUUCGGGACAUCACAAGUGCAUUGAGUGUUGCUCAGAAAUCAAGGAUUUCGCCAGCCAUUUUCCUGCCUACGUCCACUGUGGUUUGUGCAGAUACAGCACCAGCUGUAGCAAAGCCUAUGUGAAUCACAUGGUGAAUUUUCACAGUGCUCGUCCACGUAAAAGAUUUUGGAUUUAUAAGAAGCAAUCAGAAGAGCUACGAGGCUUGACUGUAGUGUGUCUUAACUGUGAAUUCCUGGCUGAUGUUUCUGGCUUAGAUAGCAUGGCCACACAUCUGAGUGAGAGCCACACUCAUACUUGUCAAGUUAUUAUAGAGAAAGUUUCUGUAGAUAUCCCAACUGCUGCACAAGUAUCUGACAAACAAGAGCACGACUCUUCAGAUGAAACAAAAAAAUGCAGUAGAAAUCCAACUACAAAAGUUGCGUCUGCUGAACAGAACGAAGAAGACUCAUCACUGUCAAAUACAGAAGAUGUUCCUAGUUUUGAACUCCCUGGCAACAGCUCAAAGAAGUCUUUGCAUGAGAAAAGAGCAUGUUGUGGCUCAGAUGAUAAUAACAAACAGUUAGAUGAGAAACAAAAAGAUAUUCAUGAUGAAAGUGAGUUGAAAAGGUGCCAAAGUUCAGGUGAUGUUCUCUUGGAUGAGCAGACUAAAGUCCGGAGCUUGGAUGAAACUGCGCUGUCAGCGAUGAACGUGAGGGACUUAAAGCUGACCUUGGGUGAGGAUGUGAGUUUUGAGCAAUUCUUCAGGAAGAGAGAUGAACCUGAGUCUGUCAGUUCUGACAUUAGUGAACAAGGCAGUAUUCAUUUGGAGCCUUUGACUCCAUCAGAAGUACUGGAGCAUGAAGCUACUGAGAUCCUUCAGAAAGGUAACGUCACACCUUCAUCGAAGAAAGCCGGACAGCUCACGGAACAGACAGAGGAGAUUUCCAAGGAAAGCAAUCCCAACAGAAUGGAGACAACUGUAAACCAGACAGAGGAAAAUGAAGCAAGCUGA